AUGGAAAAACACAAUUUUACAGUGCUGGAGGAAUUCAUCCUCCAGGGAAUCACAGAACGCCCUGAACUGCAGGCUCCCUUCUUUGUUCUCUUCCUCAUCAUCUACAUGACCUCAUUGGUGUGCAACUUGGGCAUGAUCAUGCUCACUAACAUAGACUCGAAGCUUCACACACCCAUGUACUUCUUCCUCAGACAUCUGGCAUUCAUCGAUCUUGGCCAUUCAACAGUUGUAGGACCCAAAAUCUUAAUCAAUUUUAUGGCGAAUGAGAACAGAAUCUCCUAUCUUUGGUGUGCAACUCAACUGGCUCUCUUCAUCUUCUUCAUUAUUAGUGAACUUUUUAUCCUGUCAGCAAUGGCCUAUGACCGCUAUGUGGCCAUCUGCAAUCCUCUGCUCUACACAGUUAUCAUGUCCCAUAAACUAUGUUGGGUGCUGGUAUUAAUCCCUUAUGCAUAUAGUGCUGUAAUAUCUUUGGUAACCACCAUAAAAACUUUUAUUUCAUCCUUCUGUGGCCACAAUGUUGUCAGUCACUUCUUUUGUGACAGUCUCCCCUUGUUAACUUUGGUUUGCUCAAGGACACGUGAUGUUGAAAUGAUAGUACUGGUCUUUUCAUCAUUUAAUUUGACUGUAUCUCUUCUGAUAGUUCUCCUAUCCUACAUAAUGAUCAUCGUGGCUAUCCUCAGGAUGAAGUCAGCAGAGGGCAGGCGCAAAGCCUUCUCCACCUGUGGAUCUCAUUUGACGGUGUUGGUCAUACUAUAUUCCACUCUCUUCUUUAUGUAUUCGCAGCCCAAAUCCAGUCAUUCUUUUGAAAAUGAUAAAAUAACCUCUGUAUUUUACACAUUGAUCAUACCCAUGCUGAAUCCCCUGAUCUACAGCUUGAGGAAUAAAGAGGUAAAGGGUGCCCUGAACAGAUUAUGGAAAACUCUGUGUAAACUCCCUAUAUGA